AUGUCAACAGAGACCUCGAAAGCAGCAUUCAUCGAUCCCACCGCCAUUGCUGCCGCUUCAUCGGACGAUUCGAAGGCUCACGUCGUUGCCCCUGCCGGCGACUCAGUUUUCCCUUCGGCAGCAGAGGUCAUCGAGAAUAUUACUGAAGGGUCGGUUGCCACUACUACUGCCACUACCUCGUCCGCCAUCUCCGAGGUUGCAGCUCAGAACGCGGAGGCCAUUGGACAGGUUGCGAUGAAGUACGGUGAUCUCAAGGCUAUGGGGUUGGUUCAUUUUACGCCUGUCGGAGGACUGGAGACGGUAUUGGAAGCAAUUCACAUUUCGACUGGAUUGCCCUGGUGGGGGACGAUUGUGGCAACGACGAUCAUCAUCCGUACUGCCUUGGUGCCCUUUAUUGUCAAACUACAAGGAAACACCGCCCGCUUGCACAAUGUCAAGCCUCAAUUGGAGCGCUUGACCGAAAACAUGAAGUUGGCCAAGGAGAGCAACGACACUGCAGCAUUGGCCCGUUUUUCUGCCCAAACACAGGAACUCUUCGCCAAAAAUGACUGCAAUCCCUUGAAGUCGUUGAUGUUGCCCUUGAUACAGGCGCCCGUCAUGAUUUCUUUCUACUUGGCUCUCAGAGAUAUGGCCUAUCUGCCCGUGCCACAGUUCAAGGAAGGCGGCACGCUUUGGUUCACGGACUUGACAAUUGCUGAUCCUACUUAUGCCCUGCCCGUGGCCUCGUCUCUGGGUUUCUUGGCUAUUAUGGAGUUGGGAAGCGAGGCCGGCGGUGUUGCCCAGCCCAAGAAUAUCAAGAAUUUUAUGCGUUUCAUGGCUGUCGCCAUGGUCCCCUUGACCAUGAACUUCCCCUCUGCUAUCUUUGUAUACUGGUUGACGUCAAACAUAUUCACAGCGGGUCAGAUCAUGUUCUUUAAGGUGCCAGCUGUCCGCCAGCUCUUCAACAUUCCUCAGCUGAUCAACCAUCCCAAGCCCAAAGUCACUGGGAAGCAGCCUGGGUUCAUGGAGUCAUUCAAGGCUUCAUACGAAGGCGGAUUAGCAGCAAAACAAAAAGAGGUUACCCUUGUCAAGGAACGCGAGAACAAGCUGGCAGCACAGAAGCUGCGUCGCCAGAACCGUAAGAGGAUUUAA